AUGGAAGUCAGAGGAAAGAUCGUUAUAAAGGAUAAGAGCAGCCGUGUCGAUGAUGUUGUUUCAUAUGAGAUUGAUACAUCGAGAGUUUUGUUAACGAUAAACAGUGACAAGCAGACCUUUAACUCUGCUGACCGAGUAAAUCAGUAUUUGACGAAGGAGUUGGUCCAGAUCCUCAAACAAGUGUACAGAGAGUACGCAUCAACUGCAUUGACGAUUAACUUGAAUUUCUCUAAAUUACAAUAUCCCCUCCAUUACUGGGAACAGCUAUUAUAUUACAUUUUGUUAUCAUUUUCCCUGCCCAAUAAGAUUUAUAUAACGGAGCAGACGAAGCAGGAUAGACAGCGGUAUGUUAAUCAGAAUAAGAAUUAUUACAGUUUUGUUGAAAGAAUAACUGUUGGAGCCGUGGAUGAAGGGGAAACGAACGAGGAAUAUGCGGUGAAAACAAUUUUAAUGCAUUUAUUUGAAUUACGAAAUGCAAAUGAUUCACAAAUUGAAGAGAUAUUGAAUGAUUAUACGUCAAUUAAUAAUAUUAUACAGAAUUUCUUUUAA